CGAAAACCGAACCAAACGAGAACCCACCGACCAAAUAUACAAUAUUCCUCUCAGUAUUGAGUAUUGAAUUCGACCAGGCCGACGACGAGUCCUCACGAAGAAGAGUUUUAAAUUUUUGAAAAGAAAAAAAAAUUUAUUUUUUCUAAUCGAAAAUAUCAAAAAAUAAAACCAUAAGUUUGAGUCGCCCAGCUACUAAUUCGCAGAUUUUCUUCUUUUCUUUGGAUUACUUUUCAAGGAUUAUAAAGCAACUUAUUUCUCCGAGACAACACGAUGUCUGAACGCGAAAAUAAUGUUUACAAGGCUAAAUUGGCUGAACAAGCCGAACGCUACGAUGAAAUGGUUGAGGCCAUGAAGAAAGUCGCAUCCAUGGAUGUUGAACUUACGGUUGAAGAGAGAAACCUUCUAUCAGUCGCAUAUAAAAAUGUGAUUGGAGCUCGUCGUGCCUCAUGGCGAAUAAUCACCUCAAUCGAACAGAAGGAAGAAAACAAAGGAGCCGAAGAGAAGCUUGAAAUGAUCAAAACUUAUCGCGGUCAGGUGGAAAAAGAAUUGCGCGAUAUUUGUUCCGAUAUUCUAAAUGUAUUGGAGAAACAUCUCAUUCCAUGUGCCACAAGUGGCGAGAGUAAAGUAUUUUAUUAUAAAAUGAAGGGUGAUUAUCAUCGUUAUUUGGCUGAAUUCGCUACCGGAUCGGAUCGUAAGGAUGCCGCUGAGAACUCACUGAUCGCCUAUAAGGCAGCCAGCGAUAUCGCCAUGAACGAUCUUCCUCCAACACAUCCAAUUCGUUUGGGAUUAGCUCUUAAUUUCUCCGUGUUUUACUAUGAAAUUUUGAACUCGCCGGACCGUGCCUGCAGACUGGCGAAAGCAGCGUUUGAUGAUGCCAUCGCUGAGCUGGAUACACUCAGCGAAGAAAGCUACAAAGACUCAACGCUAAUCAUGCAGCUUUUAAGGGACAACCUUACCCUAUGGACGUCCGAUAUGCAGGCUGAUGGUGAAGGCGAGCAAAAAGAACAAAUUCAAGAUGUUGAAGAUCAGGAUGUGUCGUAAUUUAUGUACCAUUAAAUUGUGUGAAAAUGGCAUAUAAAAUAUAAAAGAAAAUAUAUAAUAAUAAAAAUAAACAUCAAUAAAAACACACACAAAACCAACAACUUUAAUUUUAAGGAAUCUAAAAAAUAUAAAAAAAAUAAUAUACAUAUAAGAAAUAUAAAUUAUAAGUGUAUUGUUUCGUCUUUGUAUUAAAAAAAAUCAACAACAACAACAACACAGCAAAAAGCACCCACUCAAUAUAAAAUACUUUAUAAUUUUUUUUUUCUUUAGAUGGAAAUUAAUAAAGUAUAGAAUUCAAAUCGAAAACAUUUUGUGCAUCCUCUUUUUACUCCCUCCACUUCCAUGCAAAACAAAAAAUUGCCUCUUAUCAUUAUUAAAUUUCAUUUCACUUCAUUUUUUUGUUUCUUUUUUUUUUUUUUUAAUUUCGCCAUUGCAUAUUUAAACAUAUUUUUAAAUAAUCGGAUUUAAUAUAACAUGAAUUAUUCCAAAGUUGUUUUUCUUUCUCCAAAAAAUAGGCUUUUUCUCAAUAUUUGUUUUUGUUUGUUUUUUCUCACAUGAUACGAUUUCUUAAUUAUACUUACACAAUUGCAUACACACAAAACAUCCUUAUCGCCGUUAAAUUUUGUUUACUUUAUAUUCCAAUAAUAUACAUAAAAUAUAUAAAAAAUAAAAAAAAAUACAUACAAUAAAAAUGAAAUUAAAAACUAAACUAUUUUUAAUAUAUAUAUAUUUUUUAUUGUUUUCGUUUUGUUUUUAUUUUAUAAGAAAUUUUAACAUUCUGCUUCAAUUAAUGUUUAUUUUUUUUUUAAAUAAAAGCAAAAAAGGAAGUUAAUUCAAAUUUACAAAAAAAAAAAAAGAAAAAAAAACAUGGCAUUGUUCUCAUGCAAAGAUACAAUGAAUUAUUAAUUAUAUUUAUAUAUAUAACUGAUUAUAUAUAUUUAUAUAUAUAUUGUAUUUAAUUAGAAAGUAUUUAAACAAAGCAAAUAAAAUAAACUUAAUUCAUACAUUUCAAAAAUAAAAAAAGUACAUAUAAUUAUUAAAUUAAUGUCAACACAGAAGUAGAAUAUUUUUUUUCUUUGCCGUCGCGAAAUACUGCAUUUAUUAAUUAUUACAAUUAAAUUAUAAUACAAAACAUUAAAAAAUAAAACACAAAAAAAAAAAACAAUUUAUUAUUUACGAAAAUAGUGAAAAGCAAGCUAUAUAUAUAUAUAUAUGAUUAUUAAUGAGAAAACAAAAAAAGUACAUGCGUUUUUGUGUUGUUUUUUUUUGUUUUUAUUUAAGUAAUUUGUGGUAGCACGUGUACCAAAAUUUAAUCAAUGAAAACAAAAGAAAAAAGAAAAACAAAAGAAUUAAAAUACAUUUUUUCUAUUUAACAUAAGAAAAACAUGAAAAACACAAGCAACCAAAACAAAAGCAGACAUAAUAAUAGAAUAUUUGUGUAACAACUUAACAAAAUGCUUAGUGAGAGAGAAUUCUGGAUAAAAGCAUAAUAUAAAACCGAUUUUCGAAGUUUAUCAAUAAAAAAAGAAAAACAAUAAUACUAAAAAAGGUUUAACUGUAACCAGCAUUGAUAAAAUUUGUGUGCAUAUUUUUUAUGAUUUUAAGAACAAUUUUCUUUAUUUAAAUAAAAGAGAAGGAGAAACAAAAACAAAAAAAA